CUGGUUUGUAAACAUUUGUAUGAAGGAGAAUAACUGUUCAUUAUGAAGCUCUACUUCAUUUUCUUUCUGUUGGUGAUAUACUGUGAAUUUUACAGCGAAGCAAAACCUGGCCGAGUCAAGUGCAGCGCAGAAUGUUGGGAAACGGGAAUAAAGUGUAAGAAUAACUGUAGAAGCAAUGCGUGUAAUAGAAAUUGCCAAGAUGGAGUUAGACAAUGUAUACGUGACGUAUGCAGAGUAAGCGAGCACGUGGAUACCUAUGACGAACAUAAAUUGCAUGACUAAAUGUGUUGUACCGAGACGGUGAUAAAACAUGUAGUUCAUCUAUAAGAUACAAUUGUGUUAUCUCAAUAAAACAUACAUACAAUCAUUUGUUUUACUUUUAA